AUGGAGGACGAUUUUGAGUUCCCAACUGGAAGCGGCAACAUGGAAUUAGAAGAUGAAAUGGACGCUGGUAUCCCUGCAGAUCCACAGGAAGAUGUUAUCAAGGUCGGUGAGGAGAAGGAGAUUGGCAGAAAUGGGCUGAAAAAGAAGCUUGUUAAGGAAGGUGAAGGGUGGGAGACUCCUAGUACUGGUGAUGAAGUUGAAGUGCACUACACUGGAACUUUACUUGAUGGAACCCAGUUUGAUUCAAGCCGCGAAAGAGGCACUCCAUUUAAGUUCAAGCUUGGCCAAGGGCAAGUAAUUAAGGGAUGGGACGAGGGCAUCAAGACUAUGAAAAAGGGUGAGAAUGCUGUUUUCACUAUACCUCCAGAGUUGGCCUAUGGUGAAUCUGGAUCACCUCCAACUAUUCCUCCCAAUGCUACUCUUCAGUUUGAUGUGGAGUUACUAUCUUGGACAAGUGUUAAAGACAUAUGCAAAGAUGGGGGAAUAUUUAAGAAAAUAAUUGUCGAGGGAGAAAAAUGGGAAAAUCCCAAAGAUCUCGAUGAAGUAUUCGUUAAGUAUGAAGCUUGGCUUGAAGAUGGCACAGUUGUCUCAAAGUCUGAUGGAGUUGAAUUCACUGUCGGAGAAGGCUAUUUCUGUCCCGCCUUGGCAAAAGCUGUGAAAACAAUGAAAAAGGGAGAGAAAGUGUUGCUGACGGUGAAACCACAAUAUGGGUUUGGAGAGAAUGGGAGGCCAGUGGUAGGUGAUGAAGGUGCUGUUCCUCCGAACGCAACCCUUGAGAUAAUGGUUGAGCUGCUUUCCUGGAAGACUGUUUCUGAUGUUACUAAGGACAAGAAGGUGAUGAAAAAGAUCCUGAAGGAGGGAGACGGUUAUGAACGACCAAAUGAUGGGACUGUUGUCCAGGUGAAACUUAUUGGGAAGCUGCAAGAUGGGACUAUCUUUAUGAAGAAGGGUCAUGAUGAGGAGCCACCAUUUGAGUUCAAGAUAGACGAAGAGCAAGUCAUUGAUGGACUGGAUAGAGCUGUAAAGACUAUGAAGAAAGGGGAAGUUGCACUGGUGACAGUUCAUCCAGAAUAUGCUUUUGGCCCAUGCGAAUCUCAAGAAGAUUUGGCUACUGUUCCUGCCAAUGCAACAGUGUACUAUGAAGUUGAGAUGAUCUCUUUCACCAAGGAAAAGGAAUCGUGGGAUAUGAAUACGCAAGAGAAGAUCGAAGCUGCUGGGAAGAAGAAAGAAGAAGGGAAUGAGCUGUUCAGGGCUGGCAAAUAUGAAAGAGCCUCGAGAAGAUAUGAAAAGGCAGCAAACUUUAUUGAGUAUGACUCGUCUUUCACUGAUGAGGAGAAGCAGCAAUCAAAGGUGCUGAAAAUUUCCUGCAAGCUUAAUAAUGCUGCUUGCAAGCUGAAGCUCAAGGACUACAAGGAAGCUGAGAAGCUUUGCACCAAGGUAUUGGAACUUGAUAGUCAGAAUGUGAAAGCCUUGUAUAGGAGGGCACAAGCGUACAUGCACCUUGUUGAUUUGGACCUGGCAGAGAUAGACAUUAAAAAGGCACUAGAGAUUGACCCUGACAAUAGGGAUGUGAAGCUGGAGUACAAAAUUCUCAAGGAUAAAGUGAGAGAGUACAACAAGAAAGAUGCACAAUUUUAUAGCAACAUCUUCGCGAAGAUGAACAAGUCAGCGCGAGCAAAUUCUACUGUAAAUAGGCGAACCCCUAAUUCACUCAGUUCUGUUGUUAUGGUGGCAUUGUGCCUGUUGUUGACUGUUUUUCUUGUGUAUGGUGUGUGGUAUGGAAAUGCAGAUAGAAGCAAAGCAGGAUCCAAUGCCAAUGGCUAUAGAUAG